CGUGAUCCUAUUUUAUUUCAUGAUAAAAAAUGUCAUAUUCAGAGACCAUGACCACGCCUCCACCAACGAGUUUCUGAUGGCCCGAUUCUAAAAGCUCUAUCAAGAUUUUUUUUUUUUUUUUUAGCUCUAUCAAGAUCUACAUAAGGUAAACUCGUAUAUGUUAUUUCUGUAAGAGGAUGUGUACGUAACAACCAAAAGUGAGCUUCGAAGAGUAGAGAGGAAAGAGAUGGAAGAAUAUAGAAUUGGAGAGCUUAGACACAUUUUGACUAUGGUUUUUCUGUCGGGGUUUGCUAUUUUCUUGGUGAGGCCGGUGAUGACUGACGUCACCGUUGCUGCCGUUUGCUCCGGCAUAAAUGAUUCAUGUUCUCUAGCCGUUUACCUCACCGGAGUUCAACAAGUGACGGUGGGGCUAGGGACAAUGGUAAUGAUGCCAGUGAUCGGGAGUCUAUCCGACCGAUAUGGAAUCAAAGCAUUGCUCACUCUUCCCAUGUGCCUCUCUAUUCUUCCUCCAGCGAUAUUAGGGUAUAGAAGGGAUACGAAUUUUUUCUUUGCAUUUUAUAUAACCAAGACUCUAUUCGAUAUGGUCUGCCGAGGCGCUGUUGACUGUCUCUCUCAAGCUUAUGUGGCGAAAAAUGUUCAGGGCAAAAAAAGAAUAGCAAUGUUUGGAGUUUUGGCCGGUGUCAAAACAAUUUCCGGAGUUUUUGCAACAUUCUCAGCUCGUUUUCUACCUGUAGCUUCCACUUUUCAGGUUGCAGCUAUAUCAUUAUUAAUUGGUCUGGUGUACAUGAGAGUUUUCCUCAAAGAUAGAUUACACGAUGAAGAUAACGACAAUUGUGGUGAUGGUGGUAGUAGUAGCAAUCAUCAAAAAGUUCAUAAAGGUAGUGAUCUAAGGAUGUUAGCAAAGCCAAUUCUAAGAGACGCACCAACAAAGACACAUGUCUUCAACACUAAGUACUCGUCUUUGAAAAAUAUGGUCAGCUUGAUAAAGAGUAGUACCAUACUCGUUCAAGCAUUGGUUGUUACAUUCUUUUUUACCUUAUCACAAAAUGGAAUGGGGUCUGCUUUCAUGUAUUCUAUGAAAGCUCGUUUUGGGUUCAAGAAAAAUGACUUUGCUGAGCUCUUUCUAUUGGACCACAUCAUUGGCUCCACCUCCCAGCUGUUUAUACUGCCGAUAUUGGUUUCUGCCAUUGGAGAACGUUGGGUGUUAUCAACAGGGCUUCUUAUGGAAUUUUUAAACGCAGCUUGUCUUAGUGUUGCUUGGUCAGCAUGGGUUCCUUAUGCCACGACCGUGCUUGUACCGGGAGCCAUGUUCGUGAUGCCAUCAAUUUGUGGUAUUGCCUCAAGACAAGUUGGAUCCGGUGAACAGGGGAAGGUCCAAGGAUGCUUAGCCGGGGUAAAGUCCUUAGCUGGAGUUUUAGCUCCUUGUAUAUUUAGUCCAUUAACAGCGUUGUUUCUCUCCGAAAAUGCACCGUUCUAUUUCCCUGGAUUCAGCCUUCUAUGUAUCGCCUUCUCUUUGAUGAUUGGAUUCCUUCUGAGUCUUCUGUUAAAAGAUCUUCAUUCUCCAUUAGUGAAUAAAGCAAUCAACAAAACAUCAUAAUAAGAAGCUUCACAAGAGAUACCUCAUCAUGAAGCAAAUGCAACUUGAAUCUUGUAUAAAUUUGCUCCAAAAGUUUAUUUGUAACGAACUCGGAGCUAAAGGUUAUUAAAAACCACUUAGUUUUCAUAUACAUUUCGUUUCGCAGAUUUUCUUUUUCUUUUUCGCUUGAUUAUGUAAUACUGACCAUUUAUUUUCACUGAAUGAAAACUUAUUCAUUUGGUAGUUGUUGGCGACUACGUGUAA